CCCAGCAGCCCUCACGCGGCCCGGUACAGCGGACAUCAGGGCUCCAAGAUGGCGUCAGUCGUACCAGUGAAGGAGAAGAAACUCAUGGAUGUCAAACUAGGGGAGCUGCCAAGCUGGAUUUUGAUGCGGGAUUUCACCCCUAAAGGCAUUGCUGGAGCCUUUCAAAGAGGUUACUACCGGUAUUACAACAAGUACAUCAACGUGAAGAAGGGGAGCGUCACUGGGGUUACUAUGUUGCUGGCAGCUUACGUGCUUUUCAACUACUGCCUUUCUUACAAGGAGCUCAAACAUGAGCGGCGACGCAAGUACCACUGAAGAGGGGCCCAUGGUGGGGGUGCAUUCUGCACUCGUGACCUUGACCUCCUUGGCCCAGCACCCUCUGUGAGGAACUCAAAUCAUUGCUGAAUCCUUUCAUAUCCUAGCGAGAAAUAACCUCCAAAUAAAAGAUGACUGGUAUGUGU